AUGACUAGAGCUGUAUCAGAUGGCACAGUAAAGGGAAUUCAGUUAUGUCAGGGAUGCCUUACAUUGUUGCACCUAUUCUUCGCAGAUGAUGCACUCUUUUUCAUGAAGGCAACCCUAGCGAAUGUAUGGCAGCUUGACCUCAUUUUUAAAGAGUAUUGUACGGCAUCGAGACAACUGAUUAAUGACGGUAAAUCUAGCAUCUUUUUCACCCCUAAUACUCCUAUUCAAAUGAGCCUUAUGUGUGAAUUACUGGGUUUUUUGGGAGUAUUAAAUCCAGGAAGUUAUUUGGGCCUCCCAACUGUGUGGGGAAGAUCUAAGAAGGAGGCACUUGAUUAUCUCUUUGAUCGGUUAAAACAGAAGCUAGAUGGCUGGAAACAAAAGUCCUUAUCGUUGGCAGGCAAAGAAAUUCUCAUCAAAUCUGUGGAUUUAGCUAUUCCGGCCUUCCCUAUGUCUUGUUUCAAGCUGCCGAUGUCUAUUUGUGAUGAGAUUAAUUCAGUUAUGGGAAAUUUCUGGUGGGGCUACACUGAAAAAGGAAAUAAAAUCCAUUGGAGGAGUUGGGAUUACAUUAGCAAGCCAAAGUUGGAGGGACGAAUGGGCAUCAGGGAUCUACAUCAUUUUAACAUGGCCUUACUCGCUAAACAAUGUUGGCAGCUUGUACAUGAUCCUAAUUCAGUAUGGGCAAAGAUUCUCAAAGCGAGAUACUUUCUGAAUUGUGAUUUCUUUGAAGCCGUUAAGGGGCACCAUGCUUCAUGGAGCUGGCGUGGUCUAGCCUACUUGAGGCUAGAGAUUUAUUGCUAG